UUAGCCGGUAUUUAGUAUCUCAUCAACCUUCUUCCCUCAGGGCAGGCAAAAAAGUUUACUUGUCAAUAUAGAACAACAAUCAAUUGUGCAGUCAUCCGGAAGAAGUACCCCGCUUCAAUCUGUUCUAAUGUCUUGUAAGCCUUCGGUAAUGUGGUCGUAAAAACGUUUCAGUGUCCUAUCAACAACCUGCGAUUGAACAACAACAGCAACAAAUAACAACACCACAUGUGAUCGAUCGGUGUUUGACAAUUGGUGAUAACAGAAAAUAUGGUGUGUGAUGAUGGUUUACUCAAAUAUUACUAUCAAAGUGCAAAGAUUGACUCGACUGUCUUCGGGAAGCGUUCGGAACUAUCACAUGUAUGAAGAAAUUGUUGGUACUUUUUCUCAUCAAUCACAGUCUGGACGUAUUCCUAUUUCCAGCCUGAGUAACUCACAUUCGGACUCUUCCAGUGUUACUUUAUGAUGUAUGCAACGAACUUUUGUCGAUAAAAUUAGUCUUGCGGUCUUCCAUUCCAUUCCGUUUUCAUAUGAACUCUACUCUGGUGGUAUUUAAAGCUUAGUUCUUUUAGAAAUGGGACAGUUACGAAUGCCUGUAUCUAAAAAACUAUUUGUUUGAACGAAAUACUUUCUAUGAAGAAAAAGAAGUCGAAUGUUCCGCAAAAUAUAAGAACCGAAACCUACCGGUUGAACUGGACCGCGCCGGACACAAUAACAACACCAACACACCAAAUUGGGCCGACCAGUACUCACAGCUAGCACAGACCCAUCAAGUGAAUUCCGGAGCGGCCACAAGUGCAACUUAUAAUAAACUGAACCGGGAACAGCACACAUCGAAGCAGUAAGAAAAGAAGAAAAAAAAAGAGGAAAACCAUAUCGCUCCUCAGAAAUGCACUCCGAAAAGAUAAGAAUGAGUGAAUGGCGAUGAAAAUUGAAGGAAAGAAAAAAAAUACGCGCUGAAUAAAAUGAUAACGUGAACCGCAACCGCUCCAUUUAGUGUUGUUGUAGCGCGAAUAAACGCAUUUACAAUUCAGAAGAGCCCGGUCGUGUGUUGUGUAUGUGGCGAAGAUCCAAAAAUUUGUACCACUCCAGAAGACCCCAUCAUAAGUGUACGGAAUCAGAAACCAAUUCGGUCGUCCAUUAAUCGGUCGGUGUAAUAUGCGCGGUGGUUCAGCUCCGGCGAUCUCGAAAAAGGGCGGCCGCAUCAAGAACGACGCAGCAGUUAAUAGAUAGCGCGGGCGCGAUUUUCCGGUUACCGUUGGAUUACCUUCAAGGCCGCGAGUGAUUUUUGUGCCGCAAGAUCAUACGCCGGCAUUCGCAACUCUUAAAGGUGGUGGCGGCAAUUUUCGCAAAUUUUUCUACUUCCCAUGAACCUCGCAACUAGCCCUUCAUCGCAGAGAGCUUGCCCCCUGAGCAGAUAAUGAAUAGGAUUGUCUACCUGUAUGGAACGUUACUGUUUGUUCUGAGUCAGAGCGCUUCAUCACGUCAGCUGUUUCGCGGCAGUUUCGAAGAUGACGACACCCAUGAAGCAGCUGAAACGGAUUUCGCAGCACCAGUAUCGACCCGGCAUGUUCCGAGCAGCAAAAGUUCCCACGAUGAUAGUAGCUAUCUGGUAGGGGUGAUUGAGUUCCGGCCGGAGCUGCUGAACAUGGACAUCCGGCAAAGGACCGAGCUGCAUCUGGAGGCUUACGAGCAGCUGAUCCGGUCCGAGGAAGCGCAGAACUUGGACAUCAUAGUCUUCCCGGAGCUGACGCUCAACACCCUCUCGGACCCGGUCUACGUUCCUGAGCCCCCGGAUGCAAUCAUCCCCUGCCGGCCGGACUCCCCGGAACUCCUAUCUCGGGUGUCCUGCCUGGCUGCCGAAACCGGCAAGUACAUUGUGAUAAAUCUGUCCGAGAUCUUCAACUGUGAUUCGACACCGGAAGACGAUCCGCGACCCUGUGGUCCUCACGGGUUCCACCGGUACAACACCGACGUCGUAUUUGACCGCAACGGAGCUGUGAUAGCGCGAUACCGCAAGUUUAACCUGUUCCGGGAGCCGGGCACCAACACGACCCACCUGCCGGAAAUUGUAACCUUCGAGACUGACUUUGGGGUGACGUUUGGGAUUUUCACCUGUUUCGAUCUGCUGUUCGCGCGGCCAGCUCUGGAGCUGGUCAAGAGGGAUGUUACCGAUAUUAUUUUUCCUUCUAUGUGGGUUUCGGAGCCUCCGUUUUUGACUUCGACACAGAUUUUCGAAAGCUGGGCCUAUGCGAACAAUGUGAAUCUGAUUGCUUCGGGAACCAAUUAUGCCCCCGCCGGAAGUACAGGAACAGGAGUUUUUAACGGUCGCAAUGGGGCCGUUUUCUCGUUUGUGACUGGUGAAGCCACCCGGAGAUUGUUUCCGGUGCGAGUUCCCAAGAUUAAGCGUGAUGUCCCGGCUGAGGAGCAGAAAGAAACGGAUACGUUUUCUGGGAGAUUGCACGGGAAAAAGCUCGAGGACAUACGAAUGGGUCGUGAUUUCCUGGAAUAUUUCACAACGAUGCAGAUCAACCCGGAGCGAUAUCAUGACGAAAUCGGACAAAUCAUCUGUAAUGGUGAUUUUUGUUGCGAUUUCAGUGUGAAAUUAACGGUCAUCCCCGAUCGAGAAGUCACUCAUCAUUAUCGGUUUGCCGUUUUCGAUGGGGAUCGCACCUUCCAAGGUUAUGUGGAUGCCCACGUGUCCAUCUGUGGGAUCAUUGCUUGCCGCAACGAGUCUCUCGCCAGUUGUGGACUUCCAUUACACGAGAACUCGAAUUACUUGGAGCUGGAGGAAAUCUUCAUCAAGGGCAGAUUCGACGCUAACGGAACCCUCGCAAUGCCAAAUUCCCUGGAUGACAUGCUACACUCACUCGAUAAGGAUUAUUAUCAGUUCCAUUCAGUUGUCAAUUAUUCAACCAAUCAACAAAACGUUGAGAUGAUUCUCACAAAUCCAGUGGCUAAUCUACAGACAUUUGCCAUCUACGCGUUCAAUCAUAAGAAUUUCGAAUUCUUUAAUCCGAUCGAUCCACCGCAAGAACCGAUGACGGAAAACCCUAGCCCCGAAGACCAGAACGAGGAUGAUGACGGUGGAUGUUCCCCGGUCAAUGUUUCCACUGCACUUGUGAUGGGCUUGUUGCUGCUGGUCAGCACCGUCCUUCCAAUGCGCUGCAGUAGUAUACGACUUUAAUGUUUAAUUUUCAAAAGUUGUUCAAACGACGACGGAUUGUGAACAACUUUUUCUCUUUUUUUGUAUAUAUUGUAUAGUUUCACCUCCAAUGUGCAUGCCAAAAGAUUUCGAUGUAAGUAAAAGUGUAAAUUAUAGUUUGUAUUAGUAGGAACAAAAAAAUCGGCGAGUACUAAGCAGUCAACUUGAAGUUGAUUAUCGUGAAUACAUGUGUAAUGAUUAGUCGAAUCGAAGAAAAACUCAGUUAACAAAUCGAACGUUUAGAUAGUUAUUGAAAUUGUUACCAAAUUUAUAUGAGGAAAAAAAUAAAGCAAUAUUUAGUUUAAAACGACUUUA